UGGACAGCAGGCGCUGGAGGUGCGCGUCACUCUCUGCCGCCGAAUCCGCGGCUGCUGCCGGCCCCUGUAGAACUUGCGGCCUCGAUGUCCUUCUCCCGGUGUGCCCUAUUGUGGGCUCGGCUCCCAGCAGGGCGCCAGGCUGGCCACCGGGCAGCCAUCUGCUCUGCCCUUCGCCCCCACUUUGGGCCCUUUCCCGGCCUUCUGGGGCAAGUUUCUGUCCUUGCUACCGCGUCCUCCUCUGCCUCAGGUGGCUCCAAAAUCCCGAACACGUCUUUGUUCGUGCCCCUGACUGUGAAACCUCAGGGCCCCAGCGCCGAUGGCGACGUCGGGGCCGAGCUAACCCGGCCUCUGGACAAGAAUGAAGUAAAGAAGGUCUUAGACAAGUUUUACAAGAGGAAAGAAGUUCAGAAACUGGGUGCUGAUUAUGGACUUGAUGCUCGUCUCUUCCACCAAGCUUUCAUAAGCUUUAGAAAUUAUAUUAUGCAGUCUCAUUCCCUAGAUGUGGACAUUCACAUUGUUUUGAAUGAUAUUUGCUUCGGUGCAGCUCAUGUGGAUGAUUUAUUUCCAUUUUUCUUGAGACAUGCCAAACAAAUAUUUCCUGUGUUGGACUGUAAGGAUGAUCUACGUAAAAUCAGUGACUUAAGAAUACCACCUAACUGGUACCCAGAUGCUAGAGCCGUGCAGCGGAAGAUAAUAUUUCAUUCAGGCCCCACAAACAGUGGAAAGACUUAUCACGCAAUCCAGAAAUACUUCUCAGCAAAGUCUGGAGUGUAUUGUGGCCCUCUAAAAUUACUGGCACAUGAGAUCUUCGAAAAGAGUAAUGCUGCUUUUUCAGAUGAAGUGGCUGUAAUUGAUGAAAUUCAAAUGAUUAGAGAUCCAGCCAGAGGAUGGGCCUGGACCAGAGCACUUCUAGGACUCUGUGCUGAAGAAGUUCAUUUGUGUGGAGAACCUGCUGCUAUUGACCUGGUGACGGAGCUUAUGUACACAACGGGGGAGGAAGUGGAGGUUCGAGACUAUAAGAGGCUUACCCCCAUUUCCGUGCUGGACCAUGCACUAGAAUCUUUAGAUAACCUUCGGCCUGGGGACUGCAUUGUCUGUUUUAGCAAGAAUGAUAUUUAUUCUGUGAGUCGGCAGAUUGAAAUUCGGGGAUUAGAAUCAGCUGUUAUAUAUGGCAGUCUCCCACCUGGGACCAAACUUGCUCAAGCAAAAAAGUUUAAUGAUCCCAGUGACCCAUGCAAAAUCUUGGUUGCUACAGAUGCAAUUGGCAUGGGACUUAAUUUGAGCAUAAGGAGAAUUAUUUUUUACUCCCUUAUAAAGCCCAGUAUCAAUGAAAAGGGAGAGAAAGAACUGGAACCAAUCACCACCUCUCAAGCCCUGCAGAUUGCUGGCAGAGCUGGCAGAUUCAGCUCGCAAUUUAAAGAAGGAGAGGUUACAACAAUGAAUCACGAAGAUCUCAGUUUAUUAAAGGAAAUUUUGAAGAGGCCUGUGGAUCCUGUAACGGCAGCUGGUCUUCAUCCAACUGCUGAGCAGAUUGAAAUGUUUGCCUACCAUCUCCCUGAUACAACACUUUCCAAUCUCAUUGAUAUUUUUGUAGACUUUUCACAAGUUGAUGGGCAGUAUUUUGUCUGCAAUAUGGAUGAUUUUAAAUUUUCUGCAGAGUUGAUCCAGCAUAUUCCAUUAAGUCUGCGAGUGAGGUAUAUUUUCUGCACGGCCCCUAUCAACAAGAAGCAGCCUUUUGUGUGCUCUUCACUGUUACAGUUUGCCAGGCAGUAUAGCAGGAAUGAGCCCCUGACCUUUGCAUGGUUACGCCGAUACAUCAAAUGGCCUUUACUUCCACCUAGGAAUAUUAAAGACCUCAUGGAUCUUGAAGCUGUGCACGAUGUCUUGGAUCUUUACCUGUGGCUAAGCUACCGAUUUAUGGAUAUGUUUCCAGAUGCCAGCCUUAUUCGAGAUCUCCAGAAGGAACUAGAUGGUAUUAUCCAAGAUGGUGUGCACAAUAUCACUAAAUUGAUUAAAGUGUCUGAGAAGCAUAAGCUGUUGAAUUUGGAGAGCUUUCCAUCAGUGAGCCAGUCACGAUUGUCAGGAACCUUAAAGAGCCAAGCUAGAAGGACACGCGGCACCAAAGCUCUAGGGAGUAAAGCUACUGAGCCACCCAGCGCCAAUGCAGGAGAGCUGUCCCUUGCUUCCAGAUUGGUGCAGCAAGGACUCCUCACUCCAGACAUGCUGAAACAGCUAGAAAAAGAGUGGAUGACACAACAGACUGAACGCAGCAAAGAAAGAACGGAGUCUGGGACUCAUCCAAAAGGGACGAGAAGAAAGAAGAAGGAACCUGAUUCGGACUAGUUUUCUGUUCCUGGUUUUUUUUUUUUUUUUUAAUUUAAUUUUGCAAAUAAAAAUCUAUUUUGAAUCCUU